AUGGCUAUCGCACCCGAUACUUCGACGGGAUACCUCCACAACCUCACGCCUGAACAGGAAGCCAAGCUGCGCGAGUUUUGGGUUAUCAUCUUCGCUUCUGUCGCUUCUGUGUUGUCCGCUGUUUAUGAUGUUCCUGUUCCUGAGGGUCCCUCAAAUAAGCUCUUCGAGGCGUUGGACAAGAUCAAUGAGCCGACUGUCGAAGCUAUUAUCGCUGCGUUGAAGGGGGAGAAUGUCAAUGGAAAAUCGACCAACGGAACAGCUGACCCGGAAUCAAAUGGCACUGAGAACGGCCACACUAACGGCGAAACCAAUGGGGAGACCAAUGGACAUGUCAACGGCGAUAGCAAUGGCGAAACAAACGGAGACACCAAAGAGAAAAGGUCACUCGACAAAGUGGACUCACUCCUGAACAAAGACGCGCAGAAGACUAUCAUCUCGGAACUAGCAACGCGGAAAGUAUCUCCCGAGCACUUCACCACAUUAUUCGCGCAGCUCCGGAAAUUGGGUGCUCAAGAAUCCGAGAUUAAGUCAAUGGAGAACAUUGUAGCCCAAAUGACUCCCCAAGAAAUGUGUUUCGCAAUCCUCAAAAUGGUCAAGCAAGAACAUCCUGAUAGUCUCCUGCUUCGAUUCUUGAGGGCUAGGAAAUGGGACGUUGGCAAGGCGUUCAGUAUGAUGACAUCGACAAUCCUGUGGAGAAAGGAAAUGGAUGUCGAUGAUGAUAUCCUGCCCAAGGGCGAAGGAUAUGCUCUGGAACAAUCGAGAACCAGCAAGUCCGCGAAAGAAAAGAAAGAUGGCACUGAUUUCAUCGAGCAGCUCAAGAUGGGCAAGAGUUUCCUGCACGGCUUUGAUAGACAAGGUCGUCCUGUGAAUUAUGUCCGGGUGAAGAUUCAUAAGCCCGGUGCUCAGACGGAGGAAACCCUCGAACGGUAUAUUGUUCAUGUCAUUGAGUCGACUCGACUGAUUGUGGUUCCGCCGGUUGAGACUGGUACAAUUGUGUUUGAUAUGUCUGGAUUCUCUUUGUCCAACAUGGAAUACUCGCCUGUUAAAUUCAUCAUCAAAUGCUUUGAAGCCAACUACCCCGAAUCUCUGGGCCUCUUGCUCAUCCAUAACGCACCAUGGAUCUUCUCCGGCAUCUGGAGACUAAUCCACGGUUGGAUGGAUCCUGUCGUAGCAUCCAAAGUUCACUUUACGAAAUCAGUCGCCGACCUCGACAAGUUCAUCUCACGCACUCAGAUCCCACGAGAACUAAAAGGGGACGAGGACUGGCAGUAUAAAUAUGUCGAGCCGAAGCAAAACGAAAACGCCAUAAUGGAGGAUACCGCCACGCGUGACAAACUCAUGUAUGAUCGUAUGAUGAUUGGCAUCCGCAUGCUUGCUGCCACCGCGGCUUGGAUCUCGGCUACCACGUUCGCCGAAGGAGAAGGGGAUCCGGCGUCGGUGGACGAGCUAAGUUCGAGGCGGAAUUCGGUUAUUGAGGAGUUCCGCAUCAAUUAUUGGACUUUGGAUCCGUAUCUUAGAGCACGGGCGCUCAUUGAUCGGACUGGGGUUUUGGAGGAGGGUGGGAGUGUUGUUAGGCAGGCUUAA